AUGUAUCAUUACCAUGGAAACAAACCUCAUGACUUUCUGUUAAUCACUAUGGCAAUGCCACGUCUGAUUGCCCCUGCGAAGCGUCUUCUUGAGCAGGGUUUUAAAUUUGCAAGCUUCGCCACCCAAAGCUACCAGGCUUAUGAAGCCAACAUUGACUUUGAGAUCAGGUUCAUGGUGGACAGUGAUGUGGUCGGUUGCUGCUGGAUUGAGCUUCCUAAAGGGAAGUACAGGCUGAGGGAGGAGAGAAGUGAAGGACAGACAGGCUCAAAAUAUCCCGGAAAGGUGUCCCUGUGUCAGUACGAGGUGGAUGUGGCAUGGAAUGACUUGGUCAGUCAUCCAGCUGAAGGAGAAUGGCAGAGGAUCGCUCCACUCAGAGUACUGAGCUUUGAUAUUGAGUGUGCUGGCAGAAAAGGUAUGAUUCACCAGAGUGGAAACUGUGUGUGUGUUUACAGGUAUUACAGUGUUCCUAUAACAACUCUGGAUUUCUCCUCACUGUAUCCCUCCAUCAUGAUGGCCCAUAAUUUAUGUUACACUACACUCCUGCAGAAAAGCCAGGUGGAGAAACUCAGUCUUUCUCCAGAAGAUUUCAUCAAGACCCCCACAGGUGAUCUGUUUGUGAAGAGCUCUGUGAGGAAGGGCCUUCUCCCUGAGAUCCUAGAAAACCUGCUGAGUGCCAGGAAAAGAGCAAAGGCAGAGCUGAAGAAAGAGACAGACCCCUUUAAAAAGCAGGUGCUGGAUGGAAGGCAGUUGGCUUUGAAGAUCAGUGCAAACUCCGUGUACGGGUUCACUGGGGCUCAGGUGGGCAAACUGCCCUGUCUGGAGAUCUCACAGAGCGUCACAGGCUUUGGUAGGCAGAUGAUUGAACAGACCAAACAGCAUGUGGAAUCAAAAUACACGAUCUCUAAUGGUUACCAGGCAGAUGCAAAGGUCAUCUACGGAGACACAGACUCUGUGAUGGUGAAACUAGGUGUGGCCACAGUGCAGGAAGCAAUGAAUCUGGGAAAGGAGGCAGCUGAUUGGGUCUCCUCCUACUUUGUUCCACCAAUCAAAUUAGAGUUUGAAAAGGUGUAUUACCCAUAUCUGUUGAUCAAUAAGAAGCGGUACGCCGGGUUGUAUUUCUCUUCUAAUGCUGAACAUCAUGAUAAGAUGGAUUGCAAAGGAAUUGAGACGGUCAGACGAGACAACUGCCCUCUAGUGGCCAACCUUAUCAACACAUGCCUCCAAAACAUCCUCAUUGACAGAGACCCUGAUGGGGCAGUAGCUCAUGCUAAAGAGGUGAUCUCUGACCUUCUGUGCAACCGCAUUGACAUCAGUCAGCUGGUCAUAACUAAAGAGCUCACACGCACCGCACAGGAGUAUGCCGGCAAACAGGCCCACGUCGAGCUAGCUGAGAGGAUGCGGAAGCGUGAUGCAGGUAGCGCUCCAAACCUCGGAGACCGAGUCCCGUACGUCAUCAUCAAAGCAGCAAAGGGAGUGGCAGCAUAUAUGAAAUCAGAGGACCCCAUCUAUGUGCUGGAGAACAACAUCCCUAUAGACACACAGUACUAUCUGGAGCAGCAGCUGUCCAAACCUUUACUGCGCAUCUUUGAACCCAUACUGGGCGAGAGCAAAGCUGAGAGUGUGUUGCUGAAGGGCGAUCACACACGCUGUAAGACGGUCUUGACGUCUAGAGUUGGUGGUCUCAUGGCUUUCGCUCAGAAACGAAGCACUUGCAUUGGCUGCCGAGCUGUGCUCAAAACCGAUGUGGCUAUAUGCGACUUCUGCAAAAAGAGAGAGUCGGAGCUUUAUCAGAAAGAGAUCGCUCAUCUGUCAACUCUAGAGGAGAAAUUCUCUCGUCUGUGGACUCAGUGUCAGCGCUGUCAAGGUUCACUGCAUGAAGACGUGCUGUGUACCAGGUAUUUACACACAUGUGCACACUAG